GUUAUUGUUGAUAAAAAAGCGGGCGGUGAACUUGUAAAUCAAGAUAUGCUGAAAAAAUCUUUCGUGGAAAAAUUCAGCAUGAAUUUUGCAUGUUUUGAUCUUGCUUGGGAAUUAGAAAAGUCUGUUGUUGCAUUCGGUUCUCCAGAUUUUG